AAUCCAAAUCCUAAUCAUUACCUCUUUACAUAUAUCUUAAUCAAAAACGCUCAUCAUGGCUGGCUUGUCGCGUUUUUUCAACAAGGGAGCUGCGGCUCAAGAACCACGUGAAAAGGGCACGCCUGACAGCGUUACCCCUGCCGACACACCUCCCAGAGGCAACUCGCACGCUGCCCAUGGUGCGGAUAUUGAGCCCAAGGGCCGAGUACCAGCUAUUGCUGUUAUCCUCGGUGCGGUUGCUAGUAUCGGUGGCUUCAUGUUUGGUUAUGAAUCUGGUCAGAUUUCCGGUUUCCUUGAGAUGAGCGAUUUCAAGGACCGUUUUGGCGACGAGGGCAAGUUCUCUGCUGUCCGCCAGGGUGCUAUUGUCGGUCUGCUUGCCGUCGGUACCCUGUUCGGAUGCUUGGGAUCAGCCCCUCUUGCUGACACUUUCGGUCGUCGUCUCACCAUCUCCGGUUCCGCCUUCUUCUACAUCAUCGGUGUGAUUAUCGAAAUCACGAGCAAGAACGUUUGGGUUCAGUUCGCAAUGGGCCGCUUCACUGCUGGUCUUGGUAUCGGGUCUCUUUCAACUGUCGUACCCAUGUACCAGUCCGAGUCCAUUCCUAAGCGGAUCCGUGGUGCAACUGUCUCGUCUUACCAGCUGUUCAUCACCCUUGGUAUCUGGACUGCGUACAUGGUCAAUUACGGCACGGAGAAGAGCUACAAUGGCAGCGCUCAGUGGCGCAUUCCCAACGGUCUUUCCGCUCUCUGGGCUAUCAUUCUCGGCAGCACCAUCCUGCUCCUCCCAGAGUCGCCUCGUUACGCAUACCGCAAGAGCAAGGUUGACGAGGCUCGCGCCAACAUGGCUCGCCUGAAUGGCAUCGACCCUUACAGCCCUUUUAUCGACUCUGAGAUUGCCGAGAUUCAGGAGAAGCUUGAGGCUGAAGCCGCUGGUGGUGACCACCCAUGGCACGAAAUCUUCACCGGCCCCCGCAUGCUGUACCGCACUCUGCUCGGAAUGGUCCUCCAAGCUGGUCAGCAACUUACCGGUGCCAACUACUUCUUCUACUAUGGCACAACCAUCUUCGCCGCUACCGGUCUCAGCAACUCGUACGUUACCUCCAUCAUUCUCGGAACUGUCAACGUCGCUGCAACCAUUGCGGGACUCUGGAUUGUUGAGAAUGUCGGUCGCCGCAAGGCUAUGAUGGCUGGUGCUGCUUGGAUGGCUGCCUGCCUCUUCAUCUACUCCUUCAUCGGACACUACCAGCUCGACCACCAGAACCCGCUCAGCACACCCCAGGCCGGAAACAUUAUGAUUGUCUUCACUUGCCUGUUCAUUGCUGCCUUUGCCACCACGUGGGGACCUCUUGUCUGGGCCAUUGUCGGAGAGCUGUACCCCGCCCGCUACCGUGCUACCUGCAUGGGUCUUGCCACAGCAUCCAACUGGCUCUUCAACUUCAUCAUCUCCUUCUGCUCCACGCUGAUUACUGACCGCAUCGACUACUUCUACGGUCUCGUCUUCGCCGUCUCCCUCGUCCUGCUCUUCUUCAUCGUCUACUUCUUCAUGAUCGAGACAAAGGGCCGCUCCCUCGAGGAAAUCGACACCAUGUACGUCCUGCACGUCAACCCCAUCACGAGCGCAAAGUGGGACCCAUCUACGCUCCAGAAGGACGGCCUCGUCGACACUGACCGCCUACACAUGGGCCCCGGCGGCCGCACCUUUAGCAAAGCCGAGCAGAGCGGCGGUCAAGGCGGCAUCUUGGAGCCUGCCGAGAGGAACGAGAUCCAAGUGUAG